AUUCCUUUUUUGUCAGGUAUAGUUCAGAUGUUGGAGGCCACGUUAAAUAUGCUGGUGUUGGUGUGUGUGGUGGCAUCAUACAUUAUUCUCUCAGGAUACAGCAGUAAUGGUGGACUGGCAACAAGCUUCUUCAGCAUCAACAGCGAUUAUUCUCCACUUGAAGGGGAACAACUAAAGGAAGUGCAGAAACUUGAUCGGGAGUUUAUUGUAAUGAGAGCGCCUGAACUCUACACAGGCAUUGGCAUUUCCAUUGCCAUGUUUGCCAUCACCCUGGCUAUUAUAAUUAAGGGUGCUCAGGUUUUACAUAACAUGUCUCUGAAGUGGUUGAUACUUGAACUAAUAUUCAAUAUACUGGCAUCUCUAGGUUAUGCAGCAGCAGUUGGCACUUACUUGUAUUUUGUCCUCCAGAUUAAUGCUACUGAUGUUUGCAAGAGGAGGGAGCUUCUUUAUGCCAGGUAUGGUCUGAACUGGAUGAAUUGUGAUUUAGCUGGAUCUGAUGCUGCAGCAGCCUGCUUUGGCAUACUUCUUGCUAUAUUUUAUUGUGUUAGUGCAAUACUGGUUGUACAAUUUUACCGAAAGGUGGAGAAACAAAACAAAGAUACUUUACGUUCUUAAGAAAAUUUAUGUAUUAUAAUUCCACAGAAGUUUCAUAGUUGGCAUAGCUGGAAAAGACACAGAAUAAUGUGCAGCAGCGUAUAGAAUACAGAGAUGUGAUACAAAGCCAAUGUAAAAUAAUCAGCUGGGAAGGGGCACCUUAACUAACCUAACAGAAAGGGGAAACUUGAAUCAGGCUUCAUAUUUAUUCAGUAAAUCUUACUGCGCACAAUGGAAAUCUAAAAUAGAAUUGGAAUGCUGCAUUUGACAAAGUCGCCUGGCAAAAUUCAAUGUAGAAGUUUAAUUGUUCAAAAUCUCAAGUUGGACAUAGCUAUGCCCCAAAUCGAAUCACUGCAUUUUAGAGGUGGUGAUAACUUGGAAGCUGGUGGGGAACAACUAAAAAAUUACAAGUCUACCUUUUAAAGGGGUAGUAAACAUUACCUUUAAAAAAUCUAGUUAUAUUGGGUUGUGGGCAAUGUAAAAUCAGAAUCAGGUUUAUUUUCACUGGCAUGUGAUUUUAUGCUAAAUAGAACACACAACAAUCAGGGCUGGGUAUUAUAGUCUCUUGAAACUGCUAUUAAAAUUGUGGAUGAUCUGAUUAUUGGCCACCUGACUAUACUUCCCUGCCUGAUCCUCAUAACCUUUAAUUUUUCCUUUAGUCCAAUAAUCAAUCUAGGCUGAAAUAGAUUUUUAAAAAUGGCAAUCAGUAUCCCUUCCACAACAUGUUUUUCCUCAUUUCAUUAAGCAGUUCACCACUUAUCUAGUAUACACCUCUGUUCUAGAUAAUAAAAUCUCUCUUUCUGAAAUUAUUGAAUUUGAGAUAGAAACAGGUAAUUUAGCCUAACUUGUCCAUACUGGCCAGUGGGUACCAUUCGGUAUUAAUCUCAGUGAGAUUGCUCUCAUUGCCAAAGUGAUUCAGAGUUCAUCUAGGCACUUAAAUGCUGUCAGCAACCCAGCUCCAGCAAGACUCUUGGUCAGUGUAGUCUACAUACUUGCCACUCUCUGGGGGAUGAAGUUCCCCUCAUUGUCUCUAGAUCUUGUCCCCAUUACACUCAAUCUAUGUUCUCUAAAGUUAUCUAACCCAGUAUGAGGAAAUGUUUCUUGCAGUCUACUUUAUUUUAAAAAAAAGCCUUAAAAUGUUAGUUUUUCUCAACCAUGUUCACUCUUAAGCACUUCUGCUCCAAUCCCCAUUCCCCCGAACUGAACUACUCCGCUCCAGGCAACACUGUAAUGAAUGUUCCCUGCACCCUCUCCAGUACUAUUACAUCCUUCCUAACCGAAACUGCAUGCUGUACUCCAGUUGUGAUCUGACCAAGGUUUUAGCAUAACCUUAUGCACUCAGUGCCCCACUAAUCAAGGUCAAUGUUCCACAUACCUUCCUAAUCAUGCCAUUUAUCUGCAUUGCUACCUUCACAUUUCUGUAGAUGUACUCCAAGUUUCCUCUGUUCCUCAAAGCUCCCAAAGACUCUAUCAAUACUAAUAGUUAUUAGUAUUGCCAAAAUGCAUCAUCUGUUUAUUUUAACCCUACCCUAACAACACAUAGCUUGCUGCAGUGUAAGACUACCUUCCGCACUACCAAUAUGUCUGAGAAUCUUUGUUUCAUCAGAAAACUUACUAAUCUUUCUUCCCACAUCCACAUACAUUAGAAAAAGCAAGGAUCCCAGUACCAGUCCUUGUAGGACACCACUUGUCAUAGGCAUCCAAUCACAGAACUAAUCCUCUACUGCUGCCUUCUGAACCCUGUUACCAGGAUAAUUUUGGAUCCAGUUUGCCAAUUUGUCCUGGAAUAAUUUCCUAUAUGGUAUAACUUAAGAAUGACCAAAGAUCAUUACUGCACAACUUACAUGCCCUGACUGCCCUUCCCUAUCCCGUUAAAGCAGUCUCCUGUCUAGGACCUUAUUAAAGGCAUUGUUGAAGUUCAUAUAAAUCACUUCAUGCCCCUUCACAGAAUUUGAGUGGCCAGACAGAAAUUGCCCUUGACAAAGCUAUGUUUUCUAUCUCUGAUUCGUCUCUGCCUUUCCAAGUGAUCAUUAAUCCUCUCCCUCAAUAUUAUUUUUCCAAUAUUUUCCCUACCACUGAUAUUAGGCUCGCAAAUCUAUAGUUACCAAGCUUUUUCCUGAAAAGGAAGAUCAUAUUUGUUCUCCUCCUGUCAUCUGGUACCUGUGGCCAACAAAGGUAUAAAAAUCUCAGCAAUAGGUCCAGCAAUCCACCCUUGCCUCCUAUCCAGACCUGGAGAUUUAUCCAUUCAAUGUCCAACAAGGCGUUGAAAAUCCUGUAAAGGGAAAUGUGCCUUUACUAGCUUGUUCUGCCUCCUGGACUUGCUACUUCUCCUCUAGGUGAUUGUACCUUUUCAUCUGAGUAUCUACUGAGCUCACAUCCUCUGCCAUCUCAUUUUAAACCUUCACCAACAGCACUAGCAAACCUCUCAUCAAGGAUGUUGGUCCCAUUCCAGUUAAGGUGCAACCUAUCCAACUUAUACAGGUCCCACCUUCCCCAGAAAUGGUACAAAUCCAGGAACUUAAAAUACCCUUGUCCUGCACCAUCCCUUCAGCUACACAUUCAGCUGUUGCUCUACUCAAUAGUUUUGGCACCAGAAGCUAUUCUAGAGAUUAAAACCUUUCAGAUUCUGCUCUUUAAACAGCUACCAAGCUCCCUAAAUUCAUGUUGCAGGACCUCUACCUAUGUCUUUGGAAUCUCUGCCUGUUCACCCUCCCCUUUCAGAAGGACACACUUACCUCUCAUCCCCAAUAGUUUUCAAGAUGGCAUAACUUGAGAAUGACCCAAAGGUGAUUCUUGCACAACUUGUAUCUCCUUGGUGAUCACCCAUCUCCUCUCUCACUGCACCUAUGGAGUGACCAGCUCACUAAACGUUUUGACUAUAUCAUUCUUCCCCUUCCCAGAAAUUCUACAGCAAAUCUUAACUGCAGCUCCAACUGCUCCAAGUGAUCUGCCAGGAACUGUAGCUAUUCACACUUACUGCAAGGACACUGGGUUUGUCCCCCAAAUCUCUACACCCAGUAUGAGGAGCAUACUACUCUAGUCUUCAGAACAUUUACGAUUAUUCUCUUUGACUAAGACAAAGAGAAAAGAAAGAGUCCCAGGGCUGCAAUGUGCCUAAACAAAAGAUGAGAUAUGUUCUUCAAGUUUAUAUUGGGCUUUAUUAGAACAGUGAAGAAGGUCAAAGUCAAAAAGAUCAGAGUGGGAAUGGGUCAGAAUUAAAAUGACAGGUGACUAAAAUCUUGGAGUUACUCCUGUGCGCUGAAGUUUCAAUCUUUUGAAAUGUUUUCACCCUAUUCUUUGUUGCUAGCUCAAAGCUUUUGAAUUAUCAAUAUUCAAGCCAACUUCUAUUCAUACUGCAAUGCUCCCUUUAAACAUUUUAACAAUAUUAAGUUUUUUCUCCAAAACCUGCAAAGAUAAUUUAAGAGUCUUCUGCUUCUGAUUCGUGCUUACUCUUCUCAUUAUUUUACAAGUGUCAAAGUUUUCAGCAAUAUCUACUGACCUGAUUCAUUCCUCUGGCCCCCUUUCUGCAAUUUUCAGAAUCCAGCUGUUUACCAAACCUUUCUCAACUCCUAAUUUUCCCACUAUCAAUGAAUCCUGACAUUCGCUAUUGAGCAUAACAUUUGGCUUCAUACUCUAAACUGUUACACUUCAGAAAGUUCAACUUUAUACUGUUGAGACUUUCCGUGGCCAUGAAAAAUACUGCAGAAAUACAAAUCCGCCUUUAGCAUAAUAGCCAGUUUGACUCAUUAAUAUUUCUCUAUACCUCAUCUCAAGUGCAAAAAUUGCUAACAUUUACCAUGAAGGUCAAGGCAAACAUGUAGCCUCAGUGGAGCACCAUUCCAAUAUUAUCCAUUCUUAACACUAGCUUCUUAAGAAAAUAACAUCAUGUUAUAGUUUUAUAAGUAAUAUGAUCAAUAUUUAUCAGUCUGAAUUAUUGUAUUGCAUUGUUUUUGGCUAUAAGGGUGUCAGUGUUUCCUAGUACCAAUAAAUGAAAUUAGUGACGAAACUGGCUUUAGUAUAUUGGGGAUGUUGUGAAAGUGACU